CUUUCUCUCCUUCCUUUCCCCUUUUGUCGCCCUCCACCCUCUCAAAUCAAAGCAAAAAAAACACAAGAGCAUUUCCCAUCUCUCCCACUCCUUCCGCCAUGGCCGACUACCACCGCCCCUACCGGAGCGACCUCGACCUCCGCCCACCGCCGCCGCCGCCGUCCUCCGCCUCCUUCCCGCACUCCAACGGCUACUACCUCCCCUCCUCCUCCUCCUCCUCCCCCACCGCCAACGGCUACUUCUCCUCCAAGGGCACCGGCGGCUUUGCGGCCAACGGCGACCGGCGGAUCGAGAUCUACACCACGGCGCCGCCCCCGCCGCUGCCCCCUCCGCCGCGCCUCGCGCUCCCGCCGCCGCCCGGGAGGCGGGACGGCUACCUGGGAGGUGGCGGAGCGGGGGGUGGCGGUGGAGGAGGCGGAAGCGGUGGCAUGUGGUGCUUCAGCGACCCGGAGAUGAAGCGGCGGCGGCGGGUGGCGAGCUACAAGGCGUACUCGGUGGAGGGCAAGAUGAAGGCGUCGCUGCGGAGGGGGCUCCGCUGGUUCAAGGGCAAGUGCUCCGAGAUCUUCCACGGAUGGUAAAAACCCUCUGUGAUCCGCUCUCCUCACGCCAUGGCUAAUGAUGGCUCCUCCUCCACUUCUCGGAAUGAAAGGCUCCCUUGGAACAUUUGCAAGUUAGAUUUAUAUUUUUUUUUUCCCACCGGAAGGAAGGUAAUGAUCCUGAUAUCUCUUCUACGACUGCUACUACUGCUACUAAUUCGAUGAAAUUUGAGAUUGCGAGUGUAUAUUGAUGAGCUAAUGGAGGGUGGGAGGCGUUUGCGAAUGCUCCAUUUGAUGCGUGCGCGGUAGGCGAACUUGAGGAAUAAUAUGCAUUUUGCGGCGGCGAUAGCUAGUUGUGUUGCUUAUCUUUUGUUACUGAUCAGAUGAUUUAGUAGUAGAGUUGUGUGGGUGGAUGUAUCUUUUGUUGAUCGAUAAAAAAAUUUUCUCCUGCUGUUUUGGAGGCCUCAACCCGAGUUGGUAUUUGGCUAUUUGCUACCACAGUUUGUUUGUUGUUACUUCUACUGAAUUGAAGAUGGUGUAAUAUUCACCAAUACUUGACACUUGAUAGAUGUAGAAAUGGGUGAGAUGAUCAUCUUUGCUCAUCAGUUUUAUUUGUUUAAUAUUCACCAAUAUUUCUGGUUAA